AUGACGAGUUUUAUUCCAUGUGUGAAAUGGGUAAAACAAGGUGUGUCGUUACAUCAAAAUACGAUAAAAUUAUCUCAACAGGAAUUAAAAGAACUAACAGAAACCAAACCCAAAGAAAAAGAGUUAAGUAAGAGUGACAAAAAAGACUAUGGUUUAGAAAAUUAUGACGAAGAAGAAAUGGAUAUGUCUGGAGCCAUGUCCAUUGGUGGUUUGGCCGUAUAUAACAAUAAUGAUUUUAAUGAUUCCGAUACCGACAGUGACAAGCUUGAUGAAAUACUCAAACCGGAUGACAACCUUGUAUUAGUAGGCAAUGUUAAGAAAACAGAGUGCUCUCUAGAAAUUUAUGUUUAUAAUGGCAAUGACAAAGAUUUUUACAUUCAUCACGACAUAAUUUUGAAACAUCCACCUCUAUGUUUGGAAUGGUUUGGAUCCAUUGGAAAUUUCUGUGCUUUGGGAUCCAUGUCUGCCAUGAUAGACGUUUGGGAUUUAGAUUUGAUUGGGUGUUUGGAACCCACAUUUAGAUUGGGUAGAAAAAAGAAAAAAAAUCCUGAAAAAAAUUAUGGUCAUACUGAUGCUAUCUUAGAUAUAUCGUGGAAUGAACAUCUACCUCAUAUACUUGCCAGUGGUUCAGUAGAUGAGACUACCUUACUUUGGGAUUUAGAAACAAAUGAACCUCAUACAAGAAUGGAAAAUUUUGGAGAUCACGUUCAAACACUUAAAUGGCAUCCAUUUGAAUCACAGACGCUUGCAGUUGGUUCUUCAGAUUUUUAUGUUUAUGAUUGUCGCACUUAUGAUACAUAUAAAAAUUGGAAUGUUAAAGGUAAAGUAGAAAGAGUUCAUUGGGAUCCGUCUAAUGGAUUCUUGUGUUACAUUGGUACUGAUAGAGGUCAACUAAUUUGCUAUGAUUGUCGAGCUGAUAAACCGCUGUGGAAGUAUAAAGGUCAUGAGAAUGAAGUCACUGGAAUUUAUGUUUGGGAGAAAUUUAUUGUUAGCUCUUCAACAGACGAAACCUUAAAAGUAUGGGAUAGAGAGAAUAAACACUUAAUUAAAAUUAGAGAAUUUUCUGGCGCUUUGCAUAGUUUAGAUGGAUGUACUGAUAACCCAUCUUUAGUGGCUGUUGGUGGAAGUGGUACUUCUAAGUUUCAAUUAUUCGAUAUUAAUGAUUUUAGUUUAAAAACAUGUUAA